UUUCUCACUACUACCUAAGAUGAAGGAAAAUUCAUAUUCAUCCCAAAAAAAAGUCCUGGGAUUCAAUGACUCAAGUAUACAUCAUGUAUGAUGACAUUGAAAUAUGCUUCAAAACUGACUUCAUUAGAAGAGCUUCCUCAUUUUUGCUGGACCUGCUGAUGCCAGGCUUUGGAUUGAAGGCGCCAUCUGGCGUUGAUUCCACCCAAAACGGUUAUAACAGAAUGAUGGUUUCCAGAAGAAAGGAAUGGACUCAAAAUUAUUUGAGAUGGAUAAUGGAAAGACAUGUUGCCAUAAAUUUUGCUAUGUCAAACUGGGUAGGGAAAGGUAACCUGAGCAGGACCAGAUCUCUCCCAAUCAAUGAACUAAAUGGGACAAAUAAGGAUAAGCUGGAGGAGGUUGAGAAUAUCAUCAGUUCAUCUGCAAGAUUUGAACUCAGUCCUUCUGAAGAAGAAGUUCUGCUUGGAGGAGAACCUGUGGCCCAAGAUGACCCAAAAUUGGUGAAAAUGCUGAGAGACAGAUUCAACACUACUCAACCCAAAAUGGGACCCAAACGUUACAGAAACAAAAAUCUCAAGAAUCUUGAGCAUCUGGAUCAACUUCAUGAGCAGAAUAAAAGGGCUAAACAAUCCAGAACAGCUCAAGAAACUUCUGGGAUGGGCAAGAAAAUUCUUGACAAAUACUUCAACAAAACUUUCCAUGGGAAAACAUUCAUUGAUGUGGGUGUGCAUCACAAUGAGUGUUGGGAAAAUGUGUUCAACUCUGAACCAAUGGUGAACUGGACUGGGCUUGUGAUUGAGAUGGAAGAAAGUGAAAUUGAUUUCACCUUGUUGACAAAAGUGAUGCCAUUUUGUGCCUCUAAUUCAAACAUGUCCAACAUUGGCCUCAUGAAAACAAUCUACUUUGAAGAAAUGAAAACUGUUUCUGAAUUCAAUGAAAGUGAAAAUGCUUAUGAUAAAGUGGAAACCCUGCAUCCUGUUUCAUUGUAUGGGGAAACAACAUUGUUGCCAUUACCCUUCCUGGCAGAUUCCUUCAGUGAAGCAGUGAUUCGCAAAAAUGUCAGCAGAGUUGUUUUCAAGCCAAUUCCAUGUUUCCCCUUGUACUCUUUAAUGUUGGCUGGGGAAGUGACUGAGCCAGAUUAUUUGGCAAUUGGCACAGGGCCAUAUUCUGGGGAGAUUGCAGAGUCUCUGCCUUGGAGCAACACCAAGUUGAGGCCCAAGGUUUUGCGACUCGCGGAUCUGGGACAUGAUAAUUCCACACUGGAUUUUCUCAAAAAUAUUGGAUAUGAAUUGGAUGAGGAUCUUUCAAGAUUUGAGCCCAAUAUGAGGACUGUUGUGCAGCAUGCUUACAGACCACCAGAUGUCGCUGUGAGGGAAACAUUUGAAUGGCGCCUUCCUGACCUGGAUGAUGACCAAACUGCUGAUUCCCCUGAAGACAAAGAAGUUAGGGAUGCUAUGAAAAGAUUCUGGAAGCUGGAACACGCCAAGAUGGCGCAGGGAAAAGAGAAAGGCUCUAGUUCUAGAGCUGUUAAGGAGGAGGAGGAGGAGGAGGAGAACAGACUGACUUCAGGAUUCCAGUGUGGAGAUGUCACUGCUUACAAGAUUGCUUGCAUAGCCUUCACUGCCAUGUAUUCCUGUGUCCUGGCUUUGCAUUGGAAAAGGGAUGUGAACCAUUGGAGAAACUUUGCAGAGCAAUCAAGAAGCAUCACUGGGAUGAUGACUCCUGUUGCUCAGCUCUCAGCGCCAUCUGGUGGUCUGAACAGCCUCUCAUUGUCUGUUGCAACUGACUUCCCUUACCAUCAGCAGUAUCAUGUCAGAUACAACCCAACACCUGAAGUGACCUUGCACAAUGAAACUGCUGACCCUGGUUUUAUUCAUCAUCAGCAUGAUGAAAUGGCAGCAGCAUCAGAAGUUCAAAGGAGAAGCAGAUCACCAACAACCCUGCCAUCUAUGAGCCACAGUUUCUACUCAUCUCAAAAUGAAAUUAAAGGCAACAACCUGCAUUCCUGGGUGCUCAAACCAGUGUCUGUCACCAACAAUGAGAUUCCUGAACUGCCUGGCAAUAAUGCAAGAGAGGGUGGGUCCAACCCAGCCACCCUUGACUGGCCGUUCAGCCAACCCACCAAUAAUAAGGUCAACAUCAUAUGGGGUCCUGUUUUCAAAACAUUGGGGCAAUGUCAUUGGCAUUGCCUUGGGAACGGCAUGUUGGUAUAUACCCUCUCACCUGUAGAUUUGGGCCAGCUUGGCAACAGUGUAGUUCCUCAUGUAACCCAUGUUGACCAUGUCAUCCCAGGUCUUGAUGAGGGACAAGCCACAGAGUUUGUACCUGUAGUUGACAUAACC